CCUCAUAAUAAAGCACAUCUGUAAUGUUCCAAAAAUGACAAACUAAUUUUUGAAACAAUUGAAGUUACUGCCUUUUGCCUUUGUAGGGCAGAAUAGAGGAUUAAAUCACGAUCAUUUGAUUUCUGUGAUAUUUUCUGAUUCACAAAGAAGCACAGAAUUCAGAUUAUCAUUGUCCGUUGAAUUCAGCAGCCUGGGAUCGACAUGAGACCAUAUCCAAAGUCUCAUGUAGACUGAGUUUCAUUUAUAUCAGCUCUCAAAAACUUAAUUUGAACUCCUACAGACAUUGAAAAUCAAAACAAACCUUUAUUGUCCAUGAAGAACAACACCAUAUUAUAACAACUUUUAGUUUUCCUGAGUAUCAUGAUAAAGUAUUCCAAUAUUUGAGUUGUAUAAUUUGCAAUAUAACUGUGACAGUAUCAAUGCUAAAAGAUUGUCUGUCCAUUGAUGACAUUUUGCAACAUAUUAUGAUGAUAGAUUUUGUAUUGAAGUAUGUAAAGUGUUGGAGGCUGUUACUGAAAACAUAUAGGGACGCCACACAAGUUUGAAAAUAAAAUCCAGAGCUUUACUGAACAUGCAUUUCACCCCAAAAUACUCAAAAGAUAAAGAAUAAACCAAAGAAAGCAAAAGGGACUGCAGACCCGUACUAAAAAGAACAAGAGAUUGGAAGUUGCUGAGCCAAUGAUGUAAUGGACCUCCGCUCUCAGAACCUCCUCUAAAAACUACCAAAGAAAAAACAAAAGAUCGGAAAACAGGACGACCAAUGAUCUCCAGCACCAAACUGCAAUAACAAAAAAACAAAGCAAUCUAAACAUACAUAGGGGGAACAAAUACUUAAAUACACUAAAAGAUGAAAAUAGAGAAACAAAGCUCCUCACCACAAGCUGACCAAAGUGUUUCUCAAAGUCUCUCCUCCCUGCUCCUCUAAAUCCCCCUCCUCCUCCCUGAGUGGGCAGGUAUAGAGGGAGGAGGGAGACCAGAGAACCAGAGAGGGAGAGGAACAGGGCCACAUGUAACAGAGAGACAAUUGUGGCCUUUUUUUUAAAACACUUGAGACUAAACGUUCCCCGACAUCUUCUAAAUACUAAAAUCCCUGAUCAGGUCACUGGAUAAGCUGUCAUUCAUUAUGUGUGUGUGUUUUUGUUCAUAGGGGGUUCAUGAAGGAGGCGGAGGAGAUCGGGGCCAGCCGACGGAUGAACAGCCUCACAUUGAACCGUCACACAGAAAUCCUGGAGAUCCUGGAGAUACCUCAGCUCAUGGAUACCUGCGUCCGAAACGGAUACUACGAGGAAGCUCUGGAGCUGGCAGCUUACGUCAAGAGGCUGGAGAGGAAGCACUCGUCACUGCCGGUCAUCCAGGGUAUUGUACGUGAAGUACGUCAGUCCACUCAGCUGAUGCUCAACCAGCUCCUGCAGCAGCUGCGCAGCAACUCGCAGCUUCCCGUCUGCCUGCGAGUCAUCGGCUACCUGCGCAGGAUGGACGUGUUCACGGAGGCGGAGCUGCGGGUGAAGUUCCUGCAGGCCCGCGGCACCUGGCUGAACUCCAUCCUCGCCGCCAUCCCCGAAGACGACCCCUACUUCCACAUCACCAAAACCAUCGAGGCCUGCAGAGUCCAUCUGUUCGACAUCAUCACCCAGUACAGAGCCAUCUUCUCCGAUGAGGACCCUCUGCUGCCCCCUGCAGGUGGGCAGGUGGCGGUGAACGAGGCGGCCAUCUUUCACGGCUGGGUGGUGCAGAAGGUGGCUGAGUUCCUGGAUACUCUAGACAGGGACCUGCAGCGAGGUGUGGGCGGCCGCUUGGACUCCCUGCUGGGUCAGUGCAUGUACUUUGGCCUCUCCUUCAGCAGGGUGGGGGCGGACUUCCGCGGGCAGCUGGCGCCCAUGUUCCAGCGGGUGGCGGCGGAGACGUUUCGCGUUGCCGUGAAGGAGGCGGUGGAGAAGUUUCAGGAGGACAUGAACCGGUACACGCUCAUCUCUCUGCCGUCAGUGCUGGGAGGUACAAUCCCCCCUGUGGCCCCCAGCACCCAGCCCGGAUCCCUGCAGCCUCCCAUGUCCCUGCUGGACUUUCAGCCGCUGGCGUGCUUCCUCAACAACAUCCUGACCGCCUUCAAUGACCUCCGGCUCUGCUGCCCCGUGGGACUGGCUCAGGACGUCACCAAAUGCCUCGAAGACGCACUCAAGCUGGUGACCCGUAACAUUCUGGUGUUUCACCGGGCGGAGGAGUCGGCCUUCAGCAGCAGAGAGAAGGAGCUGUUUGUCCAGUUCUGCUGUGGGUACGCUGAAGACCUGCUGCCGUUCCUCAACCGCUGUCUGCAGGUCCUGUUUCCUCCGGCUCAGCUGGCUCUCAUUCUGGGUGUUCCUGUGACUCAGCUGCACAAGUACGAUGGUCUGGGCUGCAUCGACCUCCCCGCCGUCCUCGAGCCGCUGGACUUUGUGCUCCCUGAGAGGAUAACGUUACCGGAUGCAGCACCCGCGCCAGAGUUCGACAUCUCCUCAGAACUGGGCAGCCUGUCGUUUGAGACCCAGCCAACAGACACAGUAACGGACCCUGACCUCAGAGUAGAGGCGGGACCUCCCGACCCAGCACCGAGCGGAUCUGUAGAGUCUGAACUGACAGAGACGAAGUCCGAGGAACAAGAUGAAGAGGCGAUGCUGGACGAGGAGUUUUCUUUGGAGUGAUGGGAUGAAGAGCUGGUGGAGAUUUAUUGACUUGUUUCUGCAGUUUCAGGUUCCACUGCUGUUUUUUUGGGGGGUUUUGUGGAACUGAAUGAGAAGUUUGAAGGAUUAUUUUGGGCUCUUGGGACAGGAUUAUAUAUUUUGGCGACAUUUAAAUAAUAAACUUUAUGCUUCAAGGUACAGGAUGACGGUAAACUUUCUCUAACUGAAUCUUCAAAAUGAAUGAAAUGGAUCAAACCAAAGCAGCCCUGAGUCGAUUAGGAAACAAUGACCAGAUGUUUCACUGUCACAUAUUUCAACCUCUGUCUGAAAAGAGUCGAGAACUCAAAGUAAUAAAAACACAACGCUGUUUGGAAAGAUGAGCCUGUGUUUACUCAGAGGAAGUAUUUACGUCCUUUACUACAGUAAAAUACCGUAAAACUCCAAAUAAAAGCACAUCCUAAUUUAAGGCCCAGUCCAUUUUACUAGCCUGGUGUUGACGUAUGUUUUGACAAAUAAAGGCGGGUCUCUGAGGUGCCUGUGCAUUUAGUGUUGAAAUAGUUGUACAGAAAAUAAAGAUGAACUACUGCAUCUGUCCAAGAGAGACAGAAUUGUGCUCGUAUGGAGGCUGUGAAGCAGGUUUGCAUGCUGCUUUACAAAGGCAAAACGCAUCAGUGAUAUUCAUUUUGUUUAUUGAAAUCCUAAUUUUGUACACCGUUGAAUAUUCUUCCUGGUUUUUAUCUACAAUUUCAUAGUCUUUACCAUCUUUGCCGUGCACGAGUUUUGAUUAAAAAUAAUUAAAGACCCGUCUCGUAGAGGUGGGAAAAAAUAUCUAUUUAUGUAAAAAUCAAGAUUCUUUUCUUCUGAGAUUUUAAAUAGAUUCAUAACUUCCAAAAAAUGUAUUUUUAUUUUGGCUUAUCAGUCACUCCCUGCUAAGUGCUAAGGCUAGCUCUUUAACUCAGUAGAAUGUUAAAUGGAGCAGCAAGAAAUUCAGCCAGUCUCACAGAUGACUGGAGGAGAUCCUGAACUAUGUACUCAAAUUUAAUCGUGAGACACUCAGAGUCCCAUCCCUACCGUCUCGUAUUGAUGCCUGUCACAAAUAAAGGCCGCCCGGGCUAUUAAAAGAAGUUUUACGGUAAUUAAUUACAGUGUGCACAGACACUGCAGUGUAAGUAAGUGACCUGUGUUGAAAAUAUGACGUCAGUAAAAUGAUCCAGGUGUAUCAGGUGAAUGAAGAUAAGGUAUUAAACAGUCUUUACAGCAAACUAAACAAUUUGCAUCUUUGACCUCUAAACUUCUUUUUAAUGUAUAACUGUAUACAUUUUUCCUCAAUCUUUCAUUCUUAUCUUUUCAAGUGCCUUCAUGGAUACAGCUGGGAGUUGUAGUCCUAACAUGUAUGUUGAAUAUUAAAUAUAAUGCAGUAAAGACUGACGUCUGAAGGAGGAUUCA